AUGAGUGUAACAAGCGAUAUUUUUUUCAUUCCCAACUGCCUCACGUCAAAAAUUCCCUUGGACGAGCGCCAAAACGAAUUGAUCGCUAUCAUAAUGGCGGCAUCUUCAAUGUCGCUGCCAAGUCCAAAGUCCAAGCGUCCUCGAAUAGUGCAAGAAAAGUCAAAGACCUUGCCUGAUGAAGAGGAAGAGGAUCGCCUAGCCAGGAAGCUCUUUGGAGACAAUCGUGACAACCUAAAGGAGUCCUCGGAUGACGAAGAAGACACAGUGCCAAGGACGUCCGUCUGGCACGAUGAGGAUGAAGAUGACGAAGUGGAUGCUAGCAGAUUGAGCAUCUAUACGCAAAAAGCUGUUUUAUCUACAGGCUCGCUAAGUGGAGAGGAGUAUCGCAAUCGCCUAAGAAAAGCCUUCCAACGACAGCAUGGUACACCUAAGUGGGCAAGGCUUGAAAAAGAGGUGGAAAAACGGACGGGCGAUGAAGCAGAGGAUGAGGUUAACGAAGUUUUCAACGAUAUGACUCGGUCUGUCAAGAAGUACAUAGGCAAAGAUCCCUUCCUUGUCAAGGAUAUACUUUCCUCGUUCCGCUGGCCCGAUGUCACAAUAGGAUAUCAUGAUAAUCGGCCAAUCAAUGUGGUUUUGUUCCACAAUGUCAGACCAGUUGUAAUGACAACAGGAAGUUCCGGAAAAGUGCAGUUAUUCAAGGUCGGAGAUGUAUCGGAUGGAGGGAAUUUUUUACAAAACGUGCAAUUUUCCAAUUUUCCUGUGACCAGCAUGAGCAUGAUCAACAAUGGAUGUGCACUACUCUGCGGCUCAUUGCGGCAGGACUACUUUAUGAAGUAUGAUUUAGAGAAGGGAUCGGUCAUGCAGUUGAACCUUCCUAAAUGUAUACCUCGUCAAAAUGCUGGUCGAUUUGCCGUUUCGUACGAUGGUUCUUUAGUGGCUAUGAUUGCUCAUAACUCGCAAGUACUUGUUUUUUCAUCGUCAUCGAUGGAACUGGUGAGAACACUCUCUGCCUCUGCGGAAGUGACAUCGUUGCAGUUUUUGCCAGAUUCUAAUCGUGAACUGUGGGCUUUGACAGAAGGAAGUGAAGUCAUCAUUUGGAGUCUGCAAGGGUCCCAGCAUGUAUUCCAUGAUGAUGGAGGGGUGCGUGGGACAAAGAUACGACUAAGCGGUGAUGGUAGUAGAGUUGCUUGCGGGUCAACCACCGGUAUCGUGAAUGUGUACGAUGUAAUGGAUGUUCGUAAAGAUAAGAAUCCCAAGCCGCGAACGGUCGUGUCGAAUCUGGUUACUUCAUGCGAUUCCAUUGCUUUUAACCAUGAUUCACAAAUUAUGGCCUUCAGCAGCAAUGCAAAGCAAAAUCAAGUAAGAUUGCUACAUGUCGCUACUGGCACUACUUUCAGCAAUUUCCCUAAGAAGCACGAGAAGAUGACUAAUGUCGAAUGCGUUGAAUUCUCGCCCCAUAGUGCUUAUCUUGGAAUCGGUUGCGCAAACGGCCAGCUUAUCUUGGAGCGGCUUAAUCACUUUGAAGACUAUUAGAUCGUUGUUUGUUUUGUUAUGUUGCUCGUUUUAAUUCUUGUUGAGUUUGUCUACAUUUGGAGAGUUUUCUUCUUAUCGUUACUUGUUGUUUCCCCAGUACUGUUUUGCAGGUGCCUCAGUCACAGAUCUUCAAAAUAUAAUACUUUUGAUAAUCACGCACAAUUACAAAUUGAUUGAAGACGAAAAAAAA